AUGGAACUGUUGGACGCUGAUCUGCGGCGAGUCAUCUACACGCAAGAUCUGACGGAAGAGCACACCAAGUUUUUUAUAUAUCAAAUAUUAAGGGGUCUGAAGUACGUCCACUCGGCCGAUAUUGUGCACCGUGACUUAAAACCAGGCAACAUCGCCGUCAACGAAGACUGCGGUGUAAAGAUCCUCGACUUCGGCUUAGCCAGACAAUCUGACCCAGAAAUGACUGGCUACGUAGCCACAAGGUACAAACACUAUCGUGCGCCUGAGAUCAUGUUGAACUGGAGGAGAUACGACAAGGGAGUCGAUAUUUGGAGUGUGGGCUGUAUUAUGGCCGAGAUUAUCAAUAAGAAGACUCUCUUUAAUGCAGACGACUACGUAACACACAUCACCACCAUCUGCGAGGUGGUGGGCACCCCAGACGAAGACACCAUCGCAUCCAUAGGCAGUUCAGACGCACAGCAAUUCAUCAGAGAUUUGCCGAAACACCCUCCCAAGGGCUUUGAUAAGAUCUGCCCGGGCGCAUCUCCUGAAGCCGUCGAUUUCUUGUCGCGGUGUUUAGUCUUCGAUGGAAAGCGUCGGAUGAAUGUACUGGAAGCUUUAGAGCAUCCGUUUGUUGCAAGGUUUCACGACCCUGGAAACGAGCCCAUCCUGCAAUCGAAGUUUGAUUUCAGCAAAUAUGAGGAGAAAGACUACACGAUAGAGGAAUGGAAGCGUAUGUCAUAG